CGCUGAGCUAUCUUUGUGCGAAGCGAACCAAAGCGAGUUGAGUUGAGUUGAGUUGAGUUGAGUUAGCACUUAGCAGCAUUAGCAGCAUUGGCGGCGGGUUAGCAGUACGGGCGGCUGCGGAGGAGGAGGACACGACCGCCGGGACCACCGGGACUGACACGAGCGACGAUUGUACACCGACCGCCGCGGCCCGGAAUCAUGGUCAUCUGGUGACGAGCGCGGAAGCUCUGGGGUGUAGGAGCGGCACGCAGCGCCACCUGCCCGUGCACAGCGGGAGCGCACCCCCGCCCCGUCCCGUCGCCAGCGCCGCUCCCCGAUGGAGCGGGCACUGUGAGAGCCGCGCGCCGCCCGACUCUUAUCGCCGCAGCAGACGAGCCUCGCCGCCCGGAGGCAGCGCGAGGGACCCGUCGGCAGGAACCGCCGCCGCCGCCGCCAUGUCGUCCAACCGGACCCAGAACCCGCACGGCCUCAAGCAGAUCGGCCUGGACCAGAUCUGGGACGACCUGCGGGCCGGCAUCCAGCAGGUGUACACCCGGCAGAGCAUGGCCAAGUCCAGAUACAUGGAACUCUACACGCACGUCUACAACUACUGCACCAGCGUGCACCAGUCCAGCCAGGGCAGGGGCUCCGUGCCCCCCAGCAAGCCCUCCAAAAAGUCCACCACUCCGGGAGGAGCCCAGUUUGUCGGCCUGGAGCUCUACAAGAGGCUCAAGGAGUUCUUAAAGAACUACCUGACCAGCCUGCUCAAGGACGGAGAAGACCUCAUGGACGAGUGCGUGCUCAAGUUCUACACUCAGCAAUGGGAGGACUACCGCUUCUCCAGUAAAGUCCUCAACGGCAUCUGCGCCUACCUCAACCGCCACUGGGUCCGACGGGAGUGCGACGAGGGACGCAAGGGCAUCUACGAAAUCUACUCGCUGGCCCUGGUCACCUGGAGGGAGUGUCUGUUUCGACCCCUCAACAAACAGGUCACAAACGCUGUGUUGAAGCUCAUCGAGCGGGAGAGAAACGGCGAGACCAUCAACACUCGCCUCAUCAGCGGCGUAGUCCAGUCUUACGUGGAGCUGGGCCUGAACGAGGAGGACGCCUUCGCCAAAGGCCCCACGCUGUCCGUCUACAAGGAAUACUUCGAGUGCCAGUUCCUGACGGACACGGAACGCUUCUACACGCGCGAGAGCACCGAGUUCCUCCAGCAGAACCCGGUCACCGAGUACAUGAAGAAGGCGGAGGCCCGGCUGCUGGAGGAGCAGCGGCGCGUGCAGGUUUACCUCCACGAGUCCACGCAGGACGAGCUGGCCAGGAAGUGCGAGCAGGUCCUCAUCGAGAAGCACCUGGAGAUCUUUCACACCGAGUUCCAGAACCUUCUGGAUGCCGACAAGAACGAAGACCUGGGGCGCAUGUACAACCUGGUGUCUCGCAUCACGGACGGCCUGGGAGAGCUGAAGAAGCUUCUGGAGACGCACAUCCACAACCAGGGCCUGGCCGCCAUCGAGAAGUGCGGAGAGGCGGCGCUCAACGACCCCAAAGUGUACGUGCAGACCACGCUGGACGUGCACAAGAAGUACAACGCCUUGGUCAUGUCGGCCUUCAACAACGACGCCGGCUUCGUGGCGGCGCUGGACAAGGCGUGCGGCCGCUUCAUCAACAACAACGCCGUCACCCGGAUGGCGCAGUCGUCCAGCAAGUCGCCCGAGCUGCUGGCCAGAUACUGCGACUCGCUGCUCAAGAAGAGCUCCAAGAACCCCGAGGAGGCGGAGCUGGAGGACACGCUGAACCAAGUGAUGGUCGUCUUCAAGUACAUCGAGGACAAAGACGUUUUCCAGAAGUUCUACGCCAAGAUGCUGGCCAAGCGUUUGGUCCACCAGAACAGCGCCAGCGACGACGCCGAGGCCAGCAUGAUCUCCAAACUCAAGCAAGCGUGCGGCUUUGAGUACACGUCCAAACUUCAGAGAAUGUUCCAGGACAUCGGCGUCAGCAAGGACCUCAACGAGCAGUUCAAGAAGCAUCUCACCAACUCGGAACCUCUCGACCUGGACUUCAGUAUUCAGGUUCUGAGUUCUGGCUCGUGGCCUUUCCAGCAGUCCUGUACCUUUGCGCUCCCCUCUGAGCUGGAGAGGAGCUACCAGCGCUUCACGGCGUUCUACGCCAGCAGACACAGCGGCAGGAAGCUGACGUGGCUCUACCACCUGUCCAAAGGCGAGCUGGUGGCCAACUGCUUCAAGAACAGGUACACGCUGCAGGCGUCCACCUUCCAGAUGGCCAUCCUGCUGCAGUACAACACGGAGGACAGCUACACCGUGCAGCAGCUGUCCGACAGCACGCAGAUCAAAACGGACAUCCUCAUCCAAGUUCUGCAGAUCUUGUUGAAGUCCAAACUGCUGGUUCUGGAGGACGAGAACGCCAACGUGGACGACGUGGACUUUAAACCCGACACGGUCAUCAAACUCUUCCUGGGAUACAAAAAUAAAAAAUUGCGCGUGAACAUCAACGUGCCCAUGAAGACGGAGCAGAAGCAAGAGCAGGAAACUACGCACAAGAACAUCGAGGAGGACCGCAAGCUCCUCAUUCAGGCGGCCAUCGUGCGCAUCAUGAAGAUGCGCAAGGUCCUGAAGCAUCAGCAGCUGCUGGCCGAGGUCCUCAACCAGCUGUCGUCUCGAUUCAAACCGCGCGUGCCCGUCAUCAAGAAAUGCAUCGACAUCCUGAUCGAGAAGGAGUACUUGGAGCGGGUGGACGGCGAGAAGGACACGUACAGCUACCUGGCAUGAGCCCCCACAAAUGACCCCCAACAUCGCCUCAGUUUUAUUUUUGUGUGUUCGCUCUUUUUUUUUUUUUUUUCUUCUUCUUCUGUCUUGAGUAAUAAAGUUCAGCCGACUGGAGGCUGAACUCUGACCUCUGCGCUCUCCCGUCAGUGCUGAAGGAACUUCAACCCGCCCGCCCGCCCGACGCACGUUGUAAAUACGCCCAGAUUUUACGAGGACGAGGGCCUCGUCGCCCUAGCGACAAACUCAUUAACUUAGCCUUCAGCCAAUCAGAGAGCCAUAUCCAAAGGUUUCUGCAUGCUCCCACUUCUCUCGCGCAGGAGGACAUUUGUAUAGUGUGCUUCAUUUUCUAAAUGUGUGAUGAAUAAACGAGAAAAGGUUUGUUUAA